AUGGCCACCAAAUAUGCUUUCACACAAGGGCUCCGAGAGUUGCGUUUUCACUUGUGCAGCUCCGGUCAGGGAAGCGAGGCAACGAGAUCGUUCCUCAAGCGAGCAUAUCCUACGAUGAAGCAUCAUAACCCAAACACGCCAAUCUUAAUACGGGAAGCCGUGGGGGUUGAGCCAAAGGUCUGGGUCAGAUAUGGACUAGGAAAGGAGAAAUCAGAAACAUUAUCGGGGCUAUCAGAUAAGGAGAUCGAGGAGAAGAUCACUACCCUGGUCAAGAGCGAAUAG